GACAGGCGCCGAGGCGCAAGUGGGAACCGGGAACCGGGAACCGGGAACCGGGAACAGGGAAGAGACCCAGACCCACACCCGGGGGACCUGCGGGCUGAUUCUGUCUCACAAUGAGUCAGUUUGUCAGUAAUAUUGAGCCAAACAUUAUUGAUGAUGAAAUGGUUCAGAAAGCCAUCGAAGAGAACUGUCCAGAGGACCUUGGAGAUCUCGCCAGAAGGGAAAUCAUUAACUGGAAGGUUGUGAAAGAGCUACAACUUAGUUUUAAAAGCAUCCUGCAGAUUGAUAAUCUGUGGCCAUUAGAGAAUCUGACUAAGCUGCAGCUGGACAACAACGUCAUUGAGAAGAUAGAAGGUCUGCAGAGUCUGGUUCACCUUGUAUGGCUUGACCUGUCCUUCAACAAUAUUGAAGUAAUUGAGGGCCUGGAUACUCUUGUCAAGCUUCAGGACCUCAGUCUCUACAGUAACAGAAUAUCUAAAAUUGAGCACAUGGACACAUUGCAAGAGCUGCAGAUUUUCUCCAUAGGGAAGAAUAAUCUGACCAUUCUGGAAGAUGUUGUCUGUCUCAGGAGGUUAAAAAGCUUGCGGACAUUGAACCUCAGUGGGAAUCCUUUCUGCAGAGAAGAGCACUACACACUGUUUGUUGUUGCUCAUCUUCCAAACUUGGUGUAUUUGGACUUCAAGCUGGUGAGAGACUCCACGAGAAAAGUUGCAGCUUUAAAGUAUCGAGAUCUUACUAAGCCAUUGGAACAAGAGGAAGCUCGGGUCCUUGCUCUGCAGGAGACACAAGAGGCAAAGCAGAAGGAGCUGGAGUACCACCAGACAGCCUUUGUUGAGUACCUGAAUGGAUCAUUCCUGUUUGACAGUCUGUAUGAAGAGGAUAGAGAAGCUGCCAAACUGGCUUUCCUCCCUGGAGUAGAGGACCUGCUGCAGGCAUACAAGGAGGAGUUUGUCUCAGUUUGUGGGAAUCUGUUUAACUAUGGACUGGAAGAGUAUGAAAAACGAGAAGCUGAAGUCUCUAAAUUCUACAAAAGGUACCAUGAAAUUCUGGCAGUCAACCAGGAAGAAAGCAAGAGAAUAAUCUCAGACUUCGAGAGUCGGAACCAAAGGAGGCUGGAUGAGCUUUAUCAGGCUGGGAGUGGCGACCUUGCUGAGUGUGAAGGAGCCCAGGGCAAGGAGGAGAUCCGUCAGCUCUGGGAUGCACUCAUGACCUUGGAAGCGCUGGUGUCCAGCGACCUGGAGGAACUGCUACAGGAUUUUAAAAGAAGCAUUGAUGUUGUAGCAUCAACAUUCACUGAAAGCAUUCAAGGGAUAUUUAACCAGUGCCGGGAUCUGGAAAAUGAACACCAUAAAAAGCUGAUGAAGAUUGUCAUCGCCACCCAGGAGAAAUUGGACAUGGAUCCGUUUGAUGACAGCUUGCCAGAGGAUGUUCAAAGGCUCUUCGAGGACAAAAAGACCAUUGUCAACAUCAUCAACAUGGCCCACAGCGUCCGCCUGCGGAAGAUUGAUAAGCGAGAGAGCGACAUGCUCUGCAACAUCUACCAGUGGCAGAUCUCAGAGACAGAGAAGGCUUUCCAAACCGAGAACGACAGAAACCGCGCCUGUAUCGGAAAGAUCCUUUGCUUCAUCAACACUCUGCAGAAGGAGCUGGAUAACAGUGAUCCUGAAGCCUAAGGAAUAGGGCUGGGGGCUGCCUCAGAUGGGGCACACAGGACAGCCCCCAGCAGGAACGGCUGCCUUCCUAUGCCUGGGACAUUUCAGACCAAAUGCAUAUUUCUUCCAUCCUACCAUAAACUGCAAAUAAAAGCUCCUUCUUAACUCUGGGAAAGCAUCCGAAGCCCUGUCUCUUCCAUCACAUUGGCACAAAGCCCGUGCAGAUAACUCAGACCUGGUCACAAGGGGUUAUGGAUCAGCUGUGAGCUGAUUGAACCAAAUCAUCGUAGCAUAUCAUGCCUGAAAGCUUCAGUACCUGCG